GGCAGGGAAAGCCCUCAGACAGUCAGAACGGUGAACACCGGCGCUUCACUUUCUGUCUCCACACUGAAGGAAACUCCCUUUUCACAGACUGCGCGAAAGAAAACAAAAACAAACAAAGAAGCAAAAAAACAAAAAGCGACUGCACUCAUUUGUAUUUGAGAUGGAUACGGCAGAAGUAAGUUUAAUCGAAACGUCCACCGAGGACGUAGCGAACAGGUUUGCUCGAAAAGGAGCUCUGCGGCAAAAAAACGUCCACGAAAUCAAGAACCAUAAAUUCAUAGCCAGGUUCUUCAAGCAGCCGACUUUCUGCAGCCACUGCACGGACUUCAUCUGGGGAUUUGGAAAGCAAGGAUUCCAGUGCCAAGUUUGCUGUUUUGUGGUUCACAAGAGGUGCCAUGAACUUGUCACAUUCUCCUGCCCGGGGGCAGAUAAGGGACCUGACACCGAUGAUCCCAGAACAAAGCAUAAGUUCAAGAUCCACACCUACGGGAGCCCGACGUUUUGCGAUCACUGCGGCUCUCUGCUCUAUGGCCUCAUCCACCAGGGCAUGAAGUGUGACUCCUGCGAUAUGAAUGUUCAUAAUCAGUGUGUUAUGAACGUGCCGAGCCUCUGUGGAACUGAUCACACUGAACGGAGGGGGCGCCUUUACCUCAAGUGUGGGGUCAACGGGGAUAAGCUGGAGGUCACAGUUGGUGAAGGCAAAAACCUCAUACCUAUGGACCCCAACGGCCUGUCUGAUCCGUACGUCAAACUGAAGCUCAUACCAGACCCUAAAAACGAGACCAAGCAGAAGACCAAAACAAUCCGCUCCAACCUCAACCCCAAAUGGAACGAGACUUUUACAUUCAAGCUGAAAGCUUCAGACAAAGACCGCAGGCUGUCCGUAGAAGUGUGGGACUGGGACCGGACCACCAGGAAUGACUUUAUGGGGGCCCUUUCCUUUGGAGUGUCAGAGCUCAUGAAGUCUCCAGUUUGUGGCUGGUACAAGCUGUUGUGCCAGGAGGAGGGAGAGUACUACAACGUUCCCAUCUCAGUGGAAGAUGAUGGCAAUGAGGAACUGAGGCAGAAAUUUGAGGACCAAGCGGUUGUGGAAGAGUCUGAUCAGAAAGCCAAGCUCGGCCCAGGUAAGAAGGUGAUUACAGAGACGGACAACGGCCGCUCCAGUAACCUCCCGUCCAACAGCUUGGAUCAGGUCAAACUCAGUGACUUCAGCUUUCUGGCUGUGCUGGGAAAAGGCAGCUUUGGCAAGGUCAUGCUUGCUGAGAUGAAAGGUACAGAAGAGCUUUACGCAAUUAAAAUCCUGAAGAAGGAUGUGGUGAUCCAGGACGAUGAUGUCGAAUGCACAAUGGUGGAGAAGAGAGUCCUGGCCCAACAGGACAAGCCACCUUUUCUCACACAACUCCACUCAUGCUUCCAGACUGUGGACCGCCUGUAUUUUGUCAUGGAGUAUGUAAACGGUGGAGACCUAAUGUACCACAUCCAACAAGUGGGCAAGUUCAAGGAACCUCAAGCAGUAUUCUAUGCAGCAGAGGUCGGUGUUGGUCUCUUCUUCCUGCACAGUAAGGGAGUCAUUUAUAGGGAUCUAAAGUUGGACAAUGUGAUGUUGGACUCUGAAGGGCACAUUAAGAUUGCAGACUUUGGGAUGUGUAAAGAGAACAUGGUAGAAGGCGUAAGCACACGAACAUUCUGCGGCACCCCAGACUACAUAGCUCCAGAGAUAAUUGCAUAUCAGCCAUAUGGGCGAUCUGUAGACUGGUGGGCGUAUGGAGUUCUGCUCUACGAGAUGCUUGCUGGGCAGCCUCCAUUUGAUGGUGAGGAUGAAGACGAGUUGUUUCAGUCCAUCAUGGAGCACAAUGUAUCCUACGCAAAAUCUAUGUCAAAGGAAGCUGUCUCCAUCUGCAAAGGGUUGAUGACCAAACAACCGUCCAAGCGUCUGGGCUGCGGUCCUGAGGGAGAGAGAGACAUCAGAGAGCACGCCUUCUUCAGACGAAUCGACUGGGAACGCCUCCAGAACAGAGAAAUACAGCCACCCUUCAAGCCCAAAGUGUGUGGCAAAGCAGCAGAGAACUUUGACAAGUUCUUCACACGCACCCAACCCCAGCUCACACCACCCGAUGAGCUGGUUAUAGCCAACAUCGACCAGACCGACUUUGGAGGGUUCUCCUUCAUCAACCCACAGUUUGAACACCCGCAAACCAACAAUGUAUGAGAAGGAUGGUAAAACCUCCAAAGAUGCUCCCUGAUCACUGCCACCCACUUCAAGAAACCGUCAACAUCUGAUUAAAGCUUCAAAUCCCUCAAAACUCCCUAAUGUGUCGGUGUAAUUGCUAAGCAGGAGUCAAGGGCAUGCACAUUUGUUUUGUACAAUAUUUUCAC